GAAAAUAUCACAUCCCUAUCCCAUCAGAAGCGCCAAAAUUUUACGUUUAUUAGGAUUAAGACUAUUUUUAUUAACUAAAGCAGAGAACUAGCAAACAAGCCUUUAGAAAAGGCGUACCAAAUUCUUUAGCAACGUAUUCUUCUUAAGAGUCCCUCAUCAUGUCCUUCUUCGGAGCCAACACGUCGCUGGGCGCAACAAGCACGCCGACCAAAACAACUGGCGGCCUUUUUGGAUCGCCGUUUGGAGCCACAGCCGCUGCCAGCCAGCCAGCACCCGCUUUUGGAACUCAGGCCGCACCGACAUCGGCCUUUGGCACCCAACCGGCUGCAUCUGGCUUUGGAGCGGGUUCCGCCUUUGGAGCAACUGCUGCUGCUCCGGCUUUCGGUGCCCCGGCAGCUGCUCCGGCCUUUGGAGCAGCCACAUCAACCCCUGGCUUCGGCGGCUCCGCCUUUGGCAGUGCUCCGGCCUUUGGAGCGGCGACAACUACAACAGCUGGCACGGGUCUUGGUGGAGGCGGAUUCGGUGGAUUUGGAGCAGCCCCGGCAACAAGUCAGCCUAGUUUAUUCGGCGCUCCAGCAACCAGUGCAGCACCACCGGCUUUCAGUGGUUUCGGCCAGCCUGCAGCCAGUGCAGCGCCAGCAAGUGGAUUUGCAGGCUUUGGGGCAACCACAACAUCGGCACCUGCUUUCGGUGGCUUCGGAACCAACCAGUCCACUAGCUUUGGAGGCGGAGCCUUUGGAUCCACCUUUGGAAAGCCAGCGAAUUCAACAGUCACGCCGGGAUUUGGUGGCUUCGGUGGCACAAACUUCAUGCUUGGACAGCCGCAACAGCAGCCAGCACCCAUUUCGGCCGACGAGGCGUUUGCCCAGUCCAUUCUAAACGUGUCCAUUUUCGGCGAUGACCGGGAUAAAAUAGUGGCGAAGUGGAACUACCUGCAGGCCACAUGGGGCACUGGAAAGAUGUUCUACUCGCAGAGUGCGGCGCCGGUGGACAUCACGCCGGAGAACUUAAUGUGCCGCUUUAAGGCCAUAGGUUAUAGUCGCAUGCCGGGCAAAGACAACAAGCUGGGACUGGUUGCCCUGAACUUCUGCAGAGAAAUGUCUGCAGUUAAGCCACACCAGCAGCAAGUGGUGCAAACCCUCCAUAGUAUGUUUGGCAGCAAGCCCAACAUGAUGGUCCACAUUGACUCGAUCAAGGAGCUGGAGAACAAGAAGUGCCAGAUGGUGAUCUACGUGGAGGAGAAGCUGCAGCAUGCGCCCAACGAAAGCAAGCGCAUAUUGGCCACCGAGCUCUCGAACUACCUGAAUCAGCCAUCGCUGAAACCCCAACUUAACAAUCUGGGCAUUGAAGCGGCUUUGGCUCUGGUCUUGCCCGACGAGGAUCAGUUGAAGGAGUAUCUGGAAAAUCCCCCACGAGGCGUGGAUCCGCGCAUGUGGCGUCAGGCCAAUUCGGACAAUCCAGAUCCCACCAAAUUUAUCCCAGUGCCCAUGGUGGGUUUCAACGACUUGAAGUGGCGCGUUAAGUGCCAGGAACAGGAGACGGACACGCAUGCCCUGUACAUGAAGAAGGUGGAGAGUGAUCUCACGGAUUUGAGGCAGCGUCACGCGACGGCCACAGCCAAGAUUCUGGAGCAUAAACGAAAGUUAGCCGAGCUCGGACAUCGCAUACUCAGGAUUAUUGUGAAGCAAGAGUGCACCCGCAAGGUGGGCACCUCCCUGACGCCCGAGGAAGAGGCCAUGCGCACAAAGCUCCAGAACAUGCAGGCCGUCGUGUCCGCUCCCACCCAGUUCAAGGGCCGCCUCAGCGAGCUGCUCUCCCAGAUGCGCAUGCAGCGCAACCAGUUCGCCGUCAACGGAGGAGCCGAGUAUGCCAUCGACAAGGAGGCCGAGGACGAGAUGAAGACCUUCCUGGCCAUGCAGCAGCGCGCCAUGGAGGUGCUGAGCGAGACAGUGAACAAGGACCUGAAGGCACUCGAUGUUAUCAUUAAGGGACUGCCCGAGCUGCGGCAAUCGUGAUAGGAGGCUGUCUGAUAUGUUGAAUAAAUCCCUCAUAUGCUGAACACAAAA